AUGGAUAACGCCAAUCCAACGAUUAAAAUCAAAUCAAAUUCAACAAACUUUCAAUCGAAUUCAAAAAACCAAAAGAUCAUCAAGUUUGAUGAAAUCUCAUUAAAAGAUAGCAUUGAAUCUGGUUCCAUCAAUACUUCAAUCUUGAGUUCGAAAUCAAAAGAAAAAGUGAAUCAAGAAGAACUUCAACCGAUCGAUUCUAAUGAGAUCUUUGACUUGAUCAGGUCUAUCACAGACCCUGAACAUCCACUCACUUUGGAAGACUUAUCAGUAGUCUCAAGUGAGCAAAUCGAAGUAACUUAUCCAGAGGACGAAGACGAUAACCCUCAUGUGAUGGUUCGAUUUACUCCUACUAUCCCCCAUUGUUCAAUGGCUACUCUGAUUGGCUUGACACUUAGAGUUCGACUGCUUAGAGCUUUGCCUGAUCGGUUUAAAGUAGAUAUUAAGAUUAAAGAAGGUACACAUCAAUCUGAGAAUUCAGUCAACAAACAAUUGAAUGAUAAGGAAAGAGUAGCAGCAGCUUUAGAGAAUGCUCAUUUAUUAAAUGUUGUACAACAAUGUUUAAGUACAGCUCAUCUACGUGGUCAGAAAACUUGA